AUGCCUCCGUCUCACGUGAACCAGUCUCCCAAACCGGGGGCAACCGAGCAAGACCUCGAUGCGCGGAAGAGUCUCUUCUUCGUGACCAAUGUGCAUUGCGCAUCAUGUAUUGCGUACAUCACGGAAGUGCUCUCUGAGAUCCCUACAGUCAAAGACAUCGAAGUCACAAUCCUGACACAUGAAGUGCGGGUCAACCAUGCCAUCACCGUUCAGCCCGCCGAUCUUGUCAACGCGUUGAUCAACGCUGCAUUUGAAGUGCAGUAUGUCACUACCUUCAAUCAACAAGGCGAGCUCAUAUCGGAGCUCGAUACCUCUUCUUGGAACCACCGUGGCUCUGCCUUCUUCGGCACCCCGCGAACCUCUGUCUCUAGCAUCUCGUCCAACAUCAAAGAACGACUUCAGGCCAGCAGAGAAAAGCGACACAUAGCCAAUUGCGAUGCAUGCAGGAAGGAGGAACUUGAGAGUUUCUCUCGUUAUCCAUAUUCUCAGACAGAUGUGGGAUCUUUAGCCGAAAAGUCUUCACAGACAGUCUACCGGACCCUGAGCAGUAACUACGAGAAGGAUCUCACUGCAAGGCUUGAGACAACGCCAGAGCAUGCUGUGCGAGAGAGUCGACACUCAUAUGGUACGUAUAAAGCGAACGUUCCGUCUGUUUUGUCUGAUCUAACAACCUCCGCAGAGAUAGCAGAACCCCUCAGCCCUUCCACUGACUUGGCGGAUGAGUUCACUGCCAAGAUCAGCAUUGGGGGAAUGAGUUGUGCGUCAUGUGCCAACAGUAUCACCACACAAAUCCAACAGCUUGAGAUUGUGAAAGAUAUCAACGUGAACCUUCUCACCAACAGCGCAACAGUAAUAUUCGUUGGGCCUCGUGGAAAGGCCGACGACAUCGUUGAGCAAAUAAAUGACAUUGGGUUCGAAGCAUCACUCAAUGAGUUGACCCAGGUCCCCAAAGCUCCGGUCUCUGUCGAAUCAGCAGCACAGUAUGUCAGCGAGAUUGCAAUCACCGGCAUGACCUGUGGAUCUUGUGUUGGGGGGGUCACCCGAGGACUCGAAGAGCUCCCCUUUAUACAUUCCGUGUCCGUUAACUUGCUUUCUCACAGCGGGAGAGUGGUGUUUGAAGGCAGAGAAAAUCUCGACAAAAUAAUAGAGAAGAUCGAAGACCUGGGAUACGACGCUACUGUCAACAACGUCUCACUAGUGCAAAGUGGCCCAAAAGCUCUCACCACUGCGCAGGCCAGAACAGUCUCUAUACGAGUAGACGGAAUGUUUUGUCAUCAUUGCCCACCAAAUGUCCUGGCUGCAGUGAAACCGCUUUCGGGUGUUACCAUCGAGGAGGUACUGUCUCAGAAGAACCCCAUCCUCAAGGUCACCUACACGCCGCAGCCGCCUACGCUCACCAUUCGUUCCAUAAUAUCGGCUAUCAACGCGGUAAAUGAGAAUUUCCAUGCGACCGUCUAUCACCCUCCCAGCAUUGAAGACCGAUCUCGAGCCAUUCAGCAUCAUGAAAGGAGCCGGCUGUUGGCACGAUUACUCUUUGUCUUCGUGUGUGCUAUACCGACUUUCUUUAUUGGCAUUGUGUUCAUGUCUCUCGUUUCGUCUGAAAAUCGAGUUCGGGUGUAUCUCGAGCAGCCAAUGUGGUCUGGGAGUGUGACCCGCAUCGAAUGGUCGCUUCUUAUCAUGUCGACUCCUGUUAUGUUCUACGGCACUGAUGUGUUUCACACUCGAGCCAUCAAGGAAGUCUGGGCUCUAUGGCGGCCUGGAAGUCGGGUACCGAUCCUUCGGAGACUCUACCGUUUCGGAAGUAUGAAUCUUUUGAUCUCUGCUGGUACAUCGGUUGCCUAUAUCUCAUCUCUGGCGGUGCUUAUAGUCGAUGCUGUCGUGGGGACCAAGUUCAGUCCGCACAGCACAACGUAUUUCGACUCGGUUGUGUUCUUGACUUUAUUCAUCCUUGCUGGUCGGUUCUUGGAAGCGUACAGUAAAGCCAAAACUGGCGAUGCUGUCACGUCUUUGGGCAAGCUUCGUCCUUCCGAGGCACUUUUGGCUGAUGAUUCUGCCGAGGAUGGAAUGACGCGUACGAGGGUUGACCUCCUGGAGAUUGGUGACAUAGUCAGCAUCCCUCACGGCGCCUCGCCUCCGGCAGAUGGAGCCAUAGUCGACAGUGCCUCAUAUCAGUUUGAUGAAAGCUCGCUGACUGGAGAGUCGCGACCAGUCAAGAAAACAGCCGACGAAAUAGUUUAUACCGGCUCAGUGAACGUCGGGCAGCCGGUGAGGAUCCGCAUCACUGAGCUUGGUGGUUCGUCGAUGCUCGACCGAAUCAUCGCCGUGGUUCGUGAGGGACAAAGCAAGCGCGCACCUCUGGAAAGAGUUGCCGAUCUCCUCACUUCUCACUUUGUCCCCCUCAUCACUCUGAUCGCCAUUUCCACCUUUGUGAUCUGGCUGGCCCUUGGCCAUUCAGGCGUACUCCCCGCAGACUACCUCGAUGUCGCACAUGGCGGUUGGACUUUCUGGGCUUUGGAGUUUGCAAUUUCUGUGUUCGUGGUGGCUUGUCCCUGCGGUCUUGCCCUUGCCGCGCCCACGGCGCUCUUUGUGGGCGGUGGCUUAGCAGCGAAGCAUGGCAUCCUGGUCAAAGGAGGCGGCGAAGCCUUUCAAGAAGCCAGCAGACUGGACGCGAUUGUCUUUGAUAAGACAGGAACUCUGACUGAGGGUGGAAGCCUGAGGGUUUCUGAACACGAAGUUGUGACCCGUGACGCGGAAGUUGCGAAAGUCGCAUGGGCUUUGGCCCGGAAGAUGGAAGAGACCAGUAACCAUCCAAUUGCUCAGGCAAUCACAGAAUUCUGCAAGUCUCGAUCCUCUUACUCUGUCAAAUCGGCCGAUGUCCACGAGGUUUCCGGGCAAGGCAUGAAAGGGACUUUUACUGUCUCUGGUCCCCAGGGCGAUGCACGGUAUGAAGCUGCAAUUGGAAAUGAGCGACUACUGAACAGUGUCAUGUCCCCCGAGGCAGACACAUAUUUCGUUUCCAACCUACUGUCGAAAUACCAGUCGGCAGGCAAGUCAACCGCAGUACUCUCACUGCGUCAAAUACAUCCCCAGUCUGCUCAGACAUCCACAUUCAUUCCCGCCAUUGUCUUCGCCACUUCCGACACAAUUCGCCCCGAGGCUAUCAAUGUGAUUUCCCAGCUCCAGAAGCGCAAAGUCGGCGUCUUCAUGUGUACCGGUGAUAAUCAAACCACCGCCCAUGCCGUCGCCGACAUGCUUGGCAUCCCACGCUCUGCGGUAAUGGCCAACGUCCUGCCAGCGGAGAAAGCCAGCUUCGUUCGUCAGGUCCAGGCUGGUAGCCCCAAUACAGUACCCGCCGGUAACGAGGCUACAUCGGCAUCAAACGCAGCACGUCGGAUUGUCGCCUUCGUCGGCGACGGGGUGAACGACUCCCCGGCAUUGGCAGCGGCGGACGUAAGCAUUGCUAUGGCAUCUGGCUCGGACGUCGCUAUCAACUCCGCCAGCUUCAUCCUUCUGAACUCAGAUCUCAGCACUAUUCUGCAGUUAGUCGUGCUUAGUCGCCGAGUGUUCAAUCGCGUUCGUAUGAACUUCGGCUGGGCAGUCGUCUAUAACCUCUGUCUGGUUCCCGUUGCCGCUGGUGUCUUAUAUCCCAUUGUCACCGGCCAUCAUGAGAAGAAUGUGGGUGGUGAGAUGGCGAUGGUCAAUGAGCAUUGGAGACUUAGUCCGGUAUGGGCGGCAUUGGCUAUGGCAUUGAGCAGCAUCUCCGUUGUGCUGAGCAGCCUGGCCUUGAGGGUUAACAAGGAGGGCAUUAUGAAGCUCGUGAGAAGAAAGUAG